GUUGGACUUGUGGUUAUGCACUCGUCCUUUUGCACGUUUGGAGUGAUCAUUUAUCUUCAAUUGAUUGAGACGAACAACCAGUACAAGAGAUUGAGAAAUUCGCAUCUUUCUCUCGCUCACAGAAUUUGGGGUUUAAAAGUAGCAGUUUGGCGCCACUGCAUCGUGACGAAAGUUUGGAAUCAGCUGAUUGACAUUUAUGAGUCAUACUUGUUCUUCGAAAUGAUUUCAGUGACAGCGGCAACACUUGGCAGUUUAUAUUAUCUUUACAGUUACUUCACUCCGGAGAAAUUAAUGACAAACGAUAUUCUGCCAUUGAGGGAAAUUUUUCUGAUCUUUCAAGCCAUCUAUGAGAUUAUCAUCAUUUGCAAACUUUGCGAUUCCAUUGUGAAUGAGAGUUGCAAAAGAGGAAUAAUGUCUGAAGAAGCUAAAUUGAAAACAACACCGCUCUUCCUGAUGGAUUCACCUUCUGGUUUCAAGGAUGUGAAAUUGCAGAGAUUGUCAUGCAAGCUAUACGGAUAUUUCACAUUGAACAAUAGCUUGUUAAUUAUGGUGUGUUUAUGCAUGCUUUCAUAUGGCAUUUUUUUCUCUUUAAAAAUUAUAUCAAAUUUUGAAAAAUUUUUGCCAUUCGAAAAUUUGUUGUAAAUUUUUUGUAAUCUACUAUCGUCUAUACGCUAUUUUGAAAUGAAUUUUUAAUAUUCAUUCAAUAUUGAAAAUACGAUCCCUUUUUAUACUGACACAUACGCAUAUACUUUGUAAUUUAUAAAUUCGCUUAAAGCCAAAACAGCAAUUAAUUAUUUUUGUGGCGCUGUUUCAUAAGAUAAAUCGUUUUGGAAGGACUAGAGGAAUGAGUGCCAGAGAGUAUAGGACAGUAAAAUAUCUGGGUUCCAGGGCCGCUUUAAGCAUUUGUUUUAUCGAAUGUUUUAAUACUUGAUAAAUAAUAUUACGCAUAA